AUGUUUCUUUUUUUCAGAGUUGAAGAAAGUUUUAAGACUUUAUUCUGGGCAAUUUUUGGGCUCUCAGAAGUGAAAUCAGUUGUCAUCAACUACGGACAUAAAUUUAUAGAGAAUAUCGGCUAUGUUCUCUAUGGAGUGUACAAUGUGACCAUGGUGAUUGUCUUAUUAAACAUGCUGAUCGCCAUGAUUAACAACUCAUUUCAGGAGAUUGAGGUGAGCUGUAGCUUCUUCAAUGCUUGUGUAAAAAACAAUUUUCAGUGA